UCAUAAAAGUUCGAAGUCAACCGUUCAAUCGAGUAGAUGAAAUUUGGUCCCACCUAUCGUAUCUCAUAUCUUAUUCUAAAUCCACCUUUUAGUUCUAGUAGACUAUUUAAAUCGUUUAAAUUUAACUCUUUAAAAGAAAAACAAAAAAUGAAGAGUGUCAUUGUAAUUUCAUUGUUUCGAAAAUUGUGAAAGGAUCCUGCUCACUAGCUUUUUAUUCUAAGAGUAUUUUGUUUUGUUCCGGCUUUAUGAUUUUUCAUUUAUGUCAUCAAAUGAAAAAUUAGAGAAACUAUUGUUUUAGUUUCUGUUCAAUAAUUUUGCUACAAAAUGGUGGACAUUGAUUGUUUCGUGAUUCUUAAUAAAAGAUUUUUGCUUAGUACAUACUUUUCUAUCAUAUAACACAGGGGUGUGUUAAAAUAUACAGAUUUUAGGUGACUGUUAUAGAUUAUUUUCUUUCUUUAACAACGAUAAUAUAAGAUAUCGUGAUCGGCACAGUUUAUAAAUCCAAUAAACGGUGAUAGUAGUAUCUAUUGAUGAUAAUGGCUUCGAGUGAUAACGUCAAUGUGAUCGAAGUAAUUGAGCCGAAUCUCAGUUGUCCGGUUCAAGUACCAAAUGUAUCCUUAACGGUUGAAGAUUCUGACGACGAUGACAAUAAAUCUGCAGAAGGAAAAAUGGCCAUUUUCGAUAACUCAGUGGUUUAUCAUGGAAGUACCACUUCAAAAUCUUUACCUGGAGUGUCAAAAAAUAAGUCUGAGAGAGAGAGGAAAAUUGGCCAUCGGAGGGUUGGUGUGGGAGGAGAGAUAACAUAUAAAAAGAUUCAAACGACUCAAAUUAUGGGAUCGAUACAACUAGGAAUUCAGCAUGCUGUUGGUGGAUUAGCAAGUAAACCUGAAAGAGAUUUAUUGAUGCAAGAUUUCAUGACAGUUGAAACAACGAAUUUUCCUAGUGAAGGUUCGAAUCAUACACCAGCACAUCAUUUUUCUGAAUUCAAAUUUAAAAACUAUGCUCCAAUAGCAUUUCGGUAUUUUAGAGAUUUGUUUGGAAUUCAACCUGAUGAUUUUUUGAUGUCGAUGUGUAGUUCACCAUUAAGAGAAUUAUCUAACCCUGGAGCUAGUGGAAGUAUUUUUUAUUUAACGGAAGACGAUGAGUUCAUUAUAAAAACUGUACAGCAUAAAGAAGGAGAGUUUUUACAAACUCUGUUGCCAGGUUAUUAUAUGAAUUUAAAUCAAAAUCCCAGAACUUUAUUACCAAAGUUUUUUGGGUUAUAUUGUUAUCGCUGUAAUAGUAAAAAUGUACGAUUAGUUGCCAUGAACAAUCUUUUACCAUCGGCAGUUAAAUUGCACCAAAAGUAUGAUUUAAAAGGAUCAACAUAUAAAAGAAAGGCAUCAAGAAGUGAGAGGUCGAAAAAAUCGCCUACUUAUAAAGAUUUGGAUUUUAUGGAACAUCAUCCCGAGGGUAUAUUUUUAGAGGCUGACACAUAUGGUGCAUUAGUUAAAACGAUUCAGAGAGAUUGCCGAGUUUUAGAGAGUUUUAAAAUUAUGGAUUAUUCUCUUCUUGUUGGGAUUCAUAAUCUUGACCAAGCAACACGAGAAAAAACGGAUCAGAAGUUAUCAUUAACGUCUGGAGAUGAACUUGGUGGAGUCGUUCCUGAAUGUCGAAAUUUAGGUCCAGAAAGAGAUUGUCAAGAUAAAAUAGGUGCUACAGCGCUAAACCGAUCACGAAGUAUCAAUCGUCAAAGGCUAGUUGCUCAUAGCACAGCAAUGGAGAGUAUUCAAGCGGAGAGUGAACCUAUCGAUGAAGAAGACGAUGUACCCAGUCCGGGUGGUAUUCCUGCAAGAAAUGCACGAGGCGAACGUCUUUUGCUCUUCCUUGGAAUUAUUGAUAUCCUUCAAAGUUAUCGAUUGAAAAAGAAACUUGAACAUACGUGGAAAUCUAUGAUUCAUGAUGGGGAUACUGUGUCAGUACAUCGUCCAGGAUUUUACGCACAACGCUUUCAAGAUUUUAUGGCGAAAACUGUAUUUAAGAAGAUUCCAUCACUGGACUUACCUGAGAUUAAAGGAAAUCAUCGCAAAUUCCGUAACCUCGUCUCCAGCUACAUAGCUCUCAAACACUCACCAUCGAAAAGGAAAAGUAUAAGUCGGCCAUUGCGAUCUCUCGAAGGGGAUCUUGAUGUAACCGUUAUCGCGCCAACUGGAAGUACAGCAAAGUAUACUACGUCAUCUUCAAAGCUUGUAGAAGAAACUUUGAGUAUCGGUGAUUCGAUAAACACUUUGAAUGAAGUACCUGUAGCAACUUCAACACCUAUAAAUUUACCAGCUACAAUAAUUACAUCAGAUGGUGUAACUUUAUUGUCGUCUCUUGCUCUAACUUCAACAUUACGAGCUAGUUAUCCAGCAGUUUUAAAGGGCAGAACUGCAGCUAGUCCACCUGUCCCUAAUUUGACACCGUCUGGAAAAACACCUCCACCUGUGCCACCUAGAGGUACCCGAAAAAAAAAUGAAGAUCAUCGAGGUGGAAAUAUUUCUUCGUCUUCUUCUACAUCCGGUCGAGGUGGUACCUUUCCAUCGACCUGUUCCACUCCACCUCCGCCAUUCGACGAUGCUGUUAGUUCAAGCGAUCCAACUUUAGCAUUAGGGGGCAAUGCCCCAAGCACAGUGACUUCUACAGCAAGUCAUUGCGGAUCAAGCAAUAUUAAACAAUGUAAAAUUCAUCAGAUUUCCAAAACAUAUCAUGAUUCCGUGAGUAUCUCUGAAGUGCAUUUUGAGAGCAUUGGUAAUACAAUGGAUAAUGGCGGUAAAGUAACAAAGUCUUCAUUAAGUGUCGAGAGUGGCAGCAGUAGUCGAGGUGGUGGUUUGACGUGGACUCCACCAACUGGCAGUGCGGAAGGAUCAACUCCUACUUGGACUGAAGGAACACCAUCAUUCACUGAAAGCUCUAGUAGUGGUGACGUUGGUUGUCCGACCACUCCAGUCAAAACUUCCCAUAGAGGUGAAGCAGGAGAAAGAGUUGCAGUUACUGUCGAAGAAGUACUUGCCAGUUUGACUUCAGAAAUGGAAGUCUUGCAACGAGAGUGAAGUGGCUUGAUUCAGUAUUCCUUUUCACGGAUUGAAGAAUGAUCACAUACGACUUCAUGGACAUCGCAUCAUAAAGAAGAAAGAUCAUAAUUCAUUCGAACUGUUAUAAAUAUUUAUCUAUAGAAAAUUUUUCCAAAGAAAAAAGAAUAAAAAUAGUAUUAAAUUAACUAAUUUGUUAUAUGUAUUGUCUU